UAACGAGCUUCCGGUGUAAACAGUGCGAACAACAACAACAACUGCUAAAUGAAACUAUAACUGUUAUCGAAAGAACUUGAACAAUUCACGUCAGAAAGGGCCAAUUUAUUUGAUUUUCCGAAACCAUUUGCAUACUCAACAUGAGUAUUUUAAACCAGGGAAGAAAUGAAAUACGAUUUAAUAAUUCAGAUGGUAAAUGUCUGUUGGAGAAUUGGGUAGAAGAGAGAGCAGUGAAAAAUUAUGACACUGUUAGAGAUGUUAAAACAUCAGGAGGAAGUAAGGCAGAACUAUUUAAAGACGGGCAUGCUGGUGUUUUAACGAUAAAUUUAGAAGCCAAACCUGAAAAUGAGACAACAGUAAGAGCAUCAUAUAAAACACCAGUUCAUCCUGGAAUACCACUUGAAGGUAACAAGAGUAAGUUGAUGAGACAGAUGUAUAUGGAGAAGGCAGUCCAAGAAGUUUUUGUUGAUGACAUUAACCCACCACAACCAGAACCAUUGGAUUAUAAAUCAGUUACAGCAAAAGAUUUCUUCAAUGAUGAUUUUGUACAUGUUCCACCAAAACCAACAAAGAAUCACAACUACAGAACAGAACAGCCUGUAACCUUCUGGAGUGAACAUAAAGGAAAAGUCACUGGAGUUAGCAGUGUGAAAACGGGAGACACUCCAUUCAGAAGAAAUGAUGCUUUCAGCCAACCAAUUGAUGAAUAUUUUGAUGACACUCAGCCCUAUGACCAGGAAAAUUACCCCAAAAUGUGAUAAGACAAUUUAAACAUUUUAUAUUUGUGCAAAAAAAACAUGUUUUGUGUAUUUUAUACAUUAUGAAUUUUUAACUAUACUGAAAAUGUAAAUAGAUCAAAAAUAAAAAAUUGUAAAAAGAG